AUGACAGCUCAGAUGGAAUUCACAUCAUUCCCCUUUCAAAAGAAUGAAGACAUAGAGUUGCUUCAUGGUGCCCUGUCCUUGGCAAUUCACUCAAAGGAAGUCCCAAGGUUCACUGACUUUCUUCAGUUGACAAAAGCUACCUUUAAAGGAGAAGAUGGUUUCAUUCAGGCUUUUUGGGAAGAGGCCUUUGGAUGUUUCUUUUCUGAGUCCAUGAUAAACAGGCAAGGAAGGGUCUCCUGCACCGGUGAGGAGAAACUGGAGAAUCUCCCAGCAUCCAUUUUUGAAAUGAGCAUGACCUCCCAUAGCUACAGCAUCUACAAUGCAAUCUAUGCUGUGGCAUAUGCUUUGCACAACAUGCUUUCAUUCAAACUUAAAAAAAAAGAGAAUAUCAUUGAAGCAAUCCAAAGCCUACUGGUCCAACAGACAAAGCCUCUUUCUGUUUGCAAUGACAAUUGUCAUCCAGGUUACAGGAAGGCCAAAAAAGAAGGGAAACCAUUUUGCUGCUAUAAUUGCCUUCCUUGUCCAAGAGGGAAGAUUUCUAAUCAGAAGGAUAUGGACAGCUGCUUUCAAUGUCCACUAGAUCAUUAUCCAAACGAGGAGCAAAAUUUCUGCCUUCCAAAAUAUGUAACAUUUUUGUCCUAUGAAGAAAUAUUGGGAAACAUUUUUACUAGUUUCAUUAUUAUUUUUUCUAUCAUUACUAUUUUUCUGCUCUGGCUUUUCAUUAAACACCAUGACACCCCUAUUGUGAAAGCCAACAAUGAGACCCUCACCUACAUUCUUCUCAUCUCUCUCCUGCUCUCAUUUCUCUGUGUUUUGCUUUUUCUUGGUCAGCCUCAUCAAUGGACAUAUGUUCUUCGGCAAGUUACUUUUGGCAUCAUAUUCUCUGUGGCAGUUUCUAACAUUUUGGCAAAGACUAUCAUUGUAUUUCUAGCUUUCAUGGCUACCAAGCCAGGGUCCAGAAUUAGAAAAUGGAUGGGGAACAGAUUGGCUGUUUCUAUGGUUCUUUCUUGUUCCUUUGUUCAAACCAUUAUUUGUAUUGUAUGGCUAACAACCUCUCCCCCAUUCCUAGAUGCUGACAUGUAUUCCAUGCCAAAGGAAAUUGCACUGAUAUGUAAGGAAGGGUCAGUUGUCAUGUUCUACUGUGUCCUUGGUUUUAUGGGUUUCUUGGCAAUUAUCAGCUUCAUUGUGGCUUUCCUGGUCAGGAAGUUGCCAGAUACAUUUAAUGAAGCCAAAUUUAUCACCUUCAGCAUGUUGGUCUUUUGCAGCGUCUGGCUGUCCUUUGUUCCAACUUAUUUGAGCACAACGGGGAAAUAUAUGGUGGCUGUAGAGAUCUUCUCCAUUUUGUGUUCCAGUGGGGGGUUACUGGCUUUCAUCUUCUUCCCAAAAUGUUAUAUUAUUCUGGUGAGACCUGAUUUAAAUAACAAGGAAUAUAUAAGAAGGGGGAAAAACUAA